AUGGCUCAACUAAGAAACCAGGAUCUGAGGUUGGAUGGUUGGCAACGUAGUUCGGUUAGAGCUUAUGCGGCACCACAAGAGCCAAUUUUCCCGAUGUUCGCGAGUGAAGUGCAGGGAGAUUGGGGAAGCGGUGAUCGUGAGGUCGACGUUACCUCGAGAUUUUUAUCUCGCUUAGUAGUAGCCAAACGGGAAGAUAUAAAUGUGCUUAUAGCUAAGGAUAUAGCUACAAUAAAGGCCGUUCUGCUGGUUUGCAAGUAUCAUAUCAGGCAAAUGACUUGUACAAAUUCUGAUGUCUACAUCGCCUGGAGUGAUAUUAUCGAAAUAAGAAUCCAUUCUCCUAAUCCAGUAUUGUGUGCCAGUUGCUAUGGUCGGCCGUUUUUACCUCGAAUCGGUCCUUGUGGUCACGUGUUUUGCUUUACCUGCAUCUGGGUCCGAAUUGCGUUUCAGCAUCAAGAUCGCAAGGAAACCUGCCCUGUUUGUGAAAGGCACCUCAAAAGGAUGGAACUAAGAAGGGUUCGUAUAUUCGAAUCAUACUCUCCAAAAGUCAGUGACGUGAAAGACAUUGCCUCUAUGGAGAAAUAUAAGGUAGAUCGUCAGAAUGCAGUGAAGAAUGGGGUUUUGUUCUUGAUUGCAGAAGAUAUCGUAGCGUUUUUACGCCUAUAUGAGGAGUCGUUACUCAAUAAUAAGACACUGUGUGACGAUGUCACUUCAACAAAUUGUUCAACAACACAUAUUCGACGAAAUCCCAAGUUCUAUCUCGAACUGCAUGGUCAAGACAUAUUCCUCCAUGCUUUUAACCGAAGAUGCCUUCAGAUUGAAUAUGGUGAUUCGGAUAUGCCCAAAGAGAUUUCUGGAAAGGUGACAGCUGUUGGCCGGUUUACUAUGGAUUUGACUAUGCGUGACGUGGUUCGACAACUGAGCCAUUUACCGCUUGGUCACAUCUUCUACUUCGUGGUGCUUGAUUUCCAUGGCUCAGUUGUUGGUGAAAGCACCCGCAGUCGAAUGGAGUACGGAUGGACACUGUCCAAAUUGUCCAAGAGGCAAGUGAAUGUCUUGGAAGCAGUCGGUUAUGAUGUCAAUGACAAAUUGUCUCUUGAUUUGAAACGGACUGAUGUCUACCUUGCGGACGAGUUUUUCUCUCUCCCUGAUGCGGAACUUCAAGCGUUUCGCAGAGGCAUCUCUACCCAAGUACCACUCCUACAAAGACCUGUUCGUUGGUGCAUUAUUGAGCUACCCUCAGGUUCGCAGGCCUUUUUUACAGAGGAAAUGAUUCAGGAGCGGUUACUGGAGGAGCUGCAAGAGCAUACUCAGCAAAAGCAGACACAGUCAGGGCAUUGUCAAUUGAAUGCACUGCAACAACAAUUACUGGGUUUGCAACGUCCUUCAGGGCGGCAAAUGCCCUUAUUUCUACCGCCUGGCGAAAAGGGGUCACGAGCUAUUCAUAUACCCCGGGAAAACAGGCAACGGAGAUGCCUUCAAGUGCCAUGGGAACAGUCUAGUUUCCACUAUCUGCACAAUCCGCGGAAACCGAAGCAGCUGAGGAAGGAAGAUUAG